AGCUAGACAUUUCACAAUAGGAGCACUGGGAGGUAUCCUGCAAUUUUGAAUCCCUGAAUAUAGUGAUAUAUUUAAAUCCAAAUAAAAAAUUGGAAUUUUGUAUUGGGAGAUUUUCAUUACAGCAAUUGUAUUAUUUUCACAGAGAAAUUAAAAGCAUGUAUUUCAUUUUGCUUUACAAGUCAGCAGUAUUUUACUAGCUCAUGAAUAAUCCUUCAGGAAUAAAAAAAUAUCUGUCAUCAUCUGCUUCCUCAGUCUCUCCCCUCCUUCAGCUUUUAAAUCUCUCAGUGCAAAUCUGAACCUCUAUUUUUUCUGUUUGAGACAGAUGUACAAAAUAUUCAUGUGAGAGAAACCAGAAUAAAAACAGAAAAGAGAUGACAACAACAACAUAAAAAAGGCAGCAAAGCACUGAAGGCAGGCAUAUGAUACCUUACACAAAAAUCCAAUGUUAUUUCUCUCCUUUUCUAAUCACUAUGAUUUGUCAUUAACCUCCUGAGAGACGCUACACAUUCCUGUGUAGAGGAUUUAACACUCUUACGUUGUUAAGUAAGUUAUACUGAAAUUUUACAGAAAGGCAGUUUGUGGGACAGAGACAAAAGAAUUGGUGGAGCUCAAACUGAAUAUCCAUAUCCCAUCUACGACAUUGAGUAGCACCAGAUGAUUCACAGGAAGAAUCUUCCUAGUCCAUUUAUUGUUGACUUCUGACCUGAAGCGUGUGUCUUACAUCACUUACAUUUUUCUUCCCUUGGCUACAAGAUCUCUGGUUGGUUUUAUUCAUAUCAAUAAUAUCUCUGCUAUGCAAAAGGAUUACUGAAACAGGCUCCAAAAGACCUAGGAGUACAUACAUCCAAAAUAAUGAAGCUAGCAGGUAAAACCACUGUCUUAAAAUUAAUCUUAAAAAAAAAAAAAAGACAUUAUAAUAAGAGGAAUUUGUAUUUUAUUACAUUUCAUUAAAGAAAGCUAUGCAUUGCAAAGCCAACAACUGGGCUGCAGCUGCAACCAUUAAAGCACAGCAGAUAGCAAAUAUUAAGCCCAAUGCUGUUGCUAGUUUGUACGCCAGUUAAGAUGAAAAAGCAACACUGCAUUUGCAGUCUUAGUGAAAUUCCACUGGAGCAGUUGCACCGUGUUUCUGUAUAGAACACAUUCCUUGUCCUUUAAAGGGUAUGCUAUCUUAUACUUGAGAAGGGUUUCUUUCUUUUUUCCGCCUGUAAUUGAAAAGUAUUGUUUACUGCUGAUUUAAGGCUUGUUUUGACAAAGAGAGAGCUGAUGAGGCACUCAAGAGCUUGUAUUAAAUCAGUAUUAGACAGAAGUGAGCAGCUUGUAUACGCACUGUGGGAUAUACUUGCUCACAUAUUUAUCUUCCAUGUUUUGAGAGAAGGUUACAAAUAUUUUUAUAUAUAUACACACAUAUAAAAGAGUGCGAGUGAGCAAGCUCACAUUCCAAGAGAAGUUUUCUGGCUAUGUCAGGAGUGAAGUUCACCCCCUCCUAGACAAACCUAUUUUUUUCAAACACAAGAGGAUAUUAUCAGAGAAGUCCGUGCUGAUAUACAGAAACCAGAGAUCGUCAUGGCUCGGUGAGGUGAUGAGCUGACGGGUGGAUGGCCCUCAUUAUCUUCACUUCUCAAUCCAAUUUUUCCUGAAAAACCACAGGAGGAGGAGGACGCUCCAACUGAGCAUAAGGCACAGAGGACAAGAAAAGGAUUAGGAGUGAAGAGCAAGGAAAGGAAGGAUAAUACAAGAGAUACUGCAGAGGUUUCAAAGAGCUAGAAAAUAGUUUCUAGAUUAAAAGACCAAGUUGUCAGUAGUGUAAAGCAACAUCCAGGUUUUAACUUCUGUAUAAGGCUACUACAUAAAAUAACUUUGAAGUAAGAAACAACUGACCAAAAGGAAGUUACCUUUACUAUAUAUAGAAAAUAUACUCAGGUUCAGCUGUUUCAACGUUCCUUGGAAUUUUAAAAUGUUUCAAGCCUUUGUCCGGCAAGCGUAUCACCCACUACCCAGCCACCAGCCAGGGGAACCUGAAAUGAAGUAUAAGGGGAAGCUGGUGCAUGAAACUCAGCUUAACUGCUUCUACAUCAAACCUGGAGGUUCCAACUAUGGGAGUCCCCGUCCAGCUCAUGCCAACAUGAAUGCCAAUGCAGCUGCAGGGCUUGCCCCAGAGCAUAUCCCUACUCCAGGGGCAGCACUGUCCUGGCAAGCUGCAAUUGAUGCUGCCAGGCAAGCCAAACUGAUGGGUAGUGCUGGCAAUGCAACAAUAUCCACAGCCAGCUCCACGCAGAGGAAACGGCAGCAGUAUGGAAAACAGAAAAAACAGGGUACUACCACAGCUACACGUCCUCCCCGAGCACUGCUGUGUUUAACACUGAAAAAUCCCAUCCGGAGGGCAUGCAUCAGCAUCGUCGAAUGGAAAUCAUUUGAAAUAAUUAUAUUACUGACUAUUUUUGCCAAUUGUGUGGCCUUAGCUAUCUAUAUCCCCUUUCCAGAAGAUGAUUCCAAUGCCACCAAUUCCAAUCUGGAACGAGUGGAGUAUCUCUUUCUCAUAAUUUUUACAGUGGAAGCAUUUUUAAAAGUAAUAGCAUACGGACUUCUCUUUCACCCCAACGCUUACCUCCGCAAUGGCUGGAAUUUACUAGAUUUUAUAAUUGUGGUAGUAGGGCUUUUUAGUGCAAUUUUAGAACAAGCAACCAAAGCAGAUGGGGGGAAUUCAAUAGGAGGAAAAGGUGCCGGAUUUGAUGUUAAAGCACUGCGGGCUUUCAGAGUAUUACGUCCAUUACGGCUGGUGUCUGGAGUUCCUAGUCUCCAGGUGGUUUUAAAUUCAAUUAUCAAGGCCAUGGUCCCUUUGUUGCACAUUGCCCUGCUGGUGCUGUUUGUCAUUAUUAUCUAUGCCAUCAUUGGACUGGAGUUAUUCAUGGGGAAGAUGCAUAAGACCUGCUACCAUGUUCAAGGGGGACUGAUAGAUACACCUGCAGAAGAUGAUCCAUCUCCCUGUGCCCCCCAGUCUGCGCAUGGGCGGCAGUGUCAGAAUGGCACAGAGUGCAAAGCAGGCUGGGAGGGACCUAAGCACGGCAUUACGAACUUUGACAACUUUGCUUUUGCCAUGCUGACGGUGUUUCAGUGCAUCACAAUGGAGGGCUGGACAGAUGUACUGUACUGGGUCAAUGAUGCCAUAGGAAGGGACUGGCCCUGGAUCUAUUUUGUUACACUAAUCAUCAUAGGGUCAUUUUUUGUACUUAACUUGGUUCUCGGUGUACUUAGCGGGGAGUUUUCCAAAGAAAGAGAGAAGGCUAAGGCUCGGGGUGAUUUCCAGAAGUUACGGGAAAAACAACAGCUAGAGGAGGAUUUGAAGGGAUACUUAGACUGGAUAACUCAAGCAGAAGAUAUUGACCCAGAAAAUGAAGAUGAAGGCAUGGAUGAGGAGAAGCCUCGAAACAUGAGCAUGCCCACCAGUGAGACCGAGUCCGUGAACACAGACAACGUCCCUGGAGCAGAUAUUGAAGGCGAAAACUGCGGUGCUAGGCUAGCGCAUCGGAUCUCAAAAUCAAAGUUUAGUCGCUACUGGCGCCGAUGGAAUCGAUUCUGCAGAAGAAAGUGCCGUGCCGCUGUCAAGUCCAAUGUUUUCUACUGGUUGGUGAUCUUCCUUGUGUUUCUCAACACCCUUACCAUUGCCUCUGAGCACUACAACCAGCCAGACUGGCUCACGGAGGUCCAAGACACUGCCAAUAAGGUGCUGCUAGCUCUGUUCACGGCAGAGAUGCUGCUGAAGAUGUACAGCCUUGGUCUCCAGGCCUAUUUUGUGUCCCUCUUCAACCGCUUUGACUGUUUCAUUGUAUGUGGAGGAAUCCUGGAAACUAUUCUGGUUGAGACAAAGAUCAUGUCACCACUGGGCAUUUCGGUGUUGAGAUGUGUUCGACUCCUAAGAAUAUUUAAAAUCACAAGAUACUGGAACUCCCUCAGUAACCUUGUGGCUUCACUCCUGAAUUCAGUCCGCUCCAUUGCCUCCCUGUUGCUGCUUCUCUUCCUCUUCAUUAUCAUCUUCUCUCUCCUGGGGAUGCAGCUCUUUGGGGGCAAGUUUAAUUUUGAUGAGAUGCAGACCAGGAGGAGUACAUUCGACAACUUCCCUCAGUCACUCCUCACUGUGUUUCAGAUCCUGACUGGGGAGGACUGGAAUUCGGUGAUGUAUGAUGGGAUCAUGGCUUAUGGCGGCCCCUCUUUUCCAGGAAUGUUGGUCUGUAUUUACUUCAUCAUCCUCUUCAUCUGUGGAAACUAUAUCUUACUGAAUGUAUUUUUGGCCAUUGCUGUGGACAACCUUGCUGAUGCUGAGAGUUUAACAUCUGCACAGAAAGAGGAAGAAGAAGAAAAAGAAAGGAAGAAGCUAGCUAGGACUGCUAGUCCAGAAAAGAAACAGGAGAUAGAAAAAGCAGCUGUGGAGGAGGAGACAAAAGAGGAGAAAAUUGAGCUGAAAUCGAUCACUGCUGAUGGAGAAUCCUCACCUGCUACCAAGAUCAACAUGGAUGAUUAUCAACCCAAUGAAAAUGACGAAAAGAGCCCAUAUCCCACAUCAGAAGUGCCAGCAGAGGAAGAUGAGGAAGAACCCGAGAUGCCCGUCGGCCCUCGGCCUCGCCCGAUGUCUGAGCUGCACCUCAAGGAAAAGGCUGUGCCUAUGCCUGAUGCCAGUGCUUUUUUCAUCUUCAGUCCUAACAACAGGUUUCGUGUCCACUGCCAUCGAAUCGUUAACGAUAACAUUUUCACCAACCUGAUCCUAUUUUUCAUCUUGCUCAGCAGCAUCUCCCUGGCAGCUGAGGACCCCGUCCGACACCUCUCCUUUAGGAACCAAAUUCUCUUUUAUUUUGAUAUAGUUUUUACUGUCAUUUUCACCAUUGAAAUUGCUCUGAAGAUCCUAGGCAAUGCAGACUAUGUCUUCACUAGUAUCUUUACAUUAGAAAUUAUUCUUAAGAUGACUGCGUAUGGGGCUUUCCUCCAUAAGGGCUCUUUCUGCAGAAACUAUUUCAACAUCUUAGACCUGCUGGUGGUCAGCGUUUCUCUCAUCUCCUUUGGGAUCCAGUCCAGUGCCAUCAAUGUGGUGAAGAUCCUGCGUGUUCUGCGAGUCCUUAGACCUCUGAGGGCCAUCAACAGAGCCAAAGGACUAAAGCAUGUGGUCCAGUGUGUGUUUGUCGCCAUCCGAACCAUCGGAAACAUUGUGAUUGUCACCACUUUGCUGCAGUUCAUGUUUGCCUGCAUUGGAGUUCAGUUGUUUAAGGGUAAGCUGUACAGCUGCACUGAUAGCUCCAAGCAGACGGCAGCAGAGUGCAGAGGGUACUAUAUUACAUACAAAGACGGUGAGGUCAACCAGCCGAUGAUACAGCCCCGGAGCUGGGAGAACAGCAAGUUUGACUUUGACAACGUCUUGACUGCCAUGAUGGCCCUCUUCACUGUCUCAACCUUUGAGGGCUGGCCAGAGUUGCUGUAUAGGUCCAUUGAUUCCCACAUGGAGGAUGUGGGACCCAUCUAUAAUCACAGGGUUGAGAUCUCCAUCUUCUUUAUUAUCUACAUCAUCAUCAUUGCUUUCUUCAUGAUGAACAUCUUCGUUGGUUUCGUCAUCGUCACAUUUCAGGAACAAGGAGAACAAGAGUACAAGAACUGUGAGCUGGACAAAAACCAGCGCCAGUGUGUAGAAUAUGCCCUGAAAGCCCGGCCUCUGCGGAGAUACAUCCCUAAAAACCAGUACCAGUACAAAGUUUGGUAUGUGGUCAACUCCACCUAUUUUGAAUACCUGAUGUUCGUUCUGAUUCUGCUGAACACCAUCUGCCUGGCCAUGCAACACUACGGUCAGAGCUGCAUGUUCAAGGAAGCCAUGAAUAUCCUCAACAUGCUCUUCACUGGCCUCUUCACUGUUGAGAUGGUCCUGAAAUUAAUCGCUUUCAAACCCAAGGGUUACUUUAGUGAUCCUUGGAAUGUUUUUGACUUCCUCAUCGUAAUUGGCAGCAUUAUAGACGUCAUUCUCAGUGAAACUAAUCACUAUUUCUGUGAUGCAUGGAAUACAUUUGACGCCUUGAUUGUUGUGGGUAGCAUUGUUGAUAUAGCAAUCACCGAGGUGAACCCAGCUGAACAUACCCAAUGCUCUUCCUCUAUGAAUGCAGAGGAAAACUCUCGCAUCUCAAUCACCUUCUUCCGACUCUUCCGCGUGAUGCGUCUCGUGAAGCUCCUGAGCCGAGGGGAGGGCAUCCGGACACUGCUUUGGACCUUCAUCAAGUCCUUCCAGGCUCUCCCCUAUGUGGCUCUUUUAAUAGUGAUGUUGUUCUUCAUCUACGCUGUGAUCGGGAUGCAGGUGUUUGGUAAAAUUGCGCUGAAUGAUACCACAGAAAUCAACCGCAACAACAACUUCCAGACCUUCCCCCAGGCAGUGCUGCUGCUUUUCAGGUGUGCCACCGGUGAGGCCUGGCAGGAAAUCAUGCUGGCAUGUCUCCCAGACAAGAAGUGCGACCCAGAGUCAGAGCCAGCCAACUCCACCGAAGCCGAUCACUCUUGUGGCAGCAGCUUCGCCGUUUUCUAUUUCAUCAGCUUCUACAUGCUCUGUGCCUUCCUGAUCAUCAAUCUUUUUGUAGCUGUUAUAAUGGAUAACUUUGAUUACCUGACACGGGACUGGUCCAUUUUAGGACCACACCACCUGGAUGAGUUUAAAAGAAUCUGGGCAGAGUAUGACCCUGAAGCCAAGGGACGGAUCAAACACUUGGACGUGGUGACGCUGCUCCGGCGGAUUCAGCCCCCCCUGGGCUUCGGGAAGCUCUGCCCUCACCGGGUGGCUUGCAAACGCCUUGUCUCCAUGAAUAUGCCACUGAACAGUGAUGGGACCGUCAUGUUCAAUGCCACUCUCUUUGCGUUAGUCAGAACAGCAUUGAGGAUCAAGACAGAAGGUAACCUGGAGCAAGCCAACGAAGAGCUGAGAGCAAUAAUUAAGAAAAUCUGGAAGCGCACCAGUAUGAAGCUGCUGGACCAGGUGGUGCCCCCCGCAGGCGAUGACGAGGUGACCGUUGGAAAGUUCUAUGCCACUUUUCUGAUUCAGGAGUACUUCCGGAAGUUCAAGAAACGUAAAGAACAGGGGCUGGUGGGCAAGCCCUCCCAGCGCAACGCACUGUCCUUGCAGGCUGGCCUGCGCACACUUCAUGACAUUGGGCCAGAGAUCCGACGAGCAAUUUCUGGAGACCUGACAGCUGAAGAAGAGCUAGAUAAGGCCAUGAAAGAAGCUGUUUCUGCUGCCUCUGAAGAUGAUAUCUUCCGGAGAGCUGGAGGCUUGUUCGGAAACCAUGUCAGCUAUUACCAAAGUGAUGGCAGGAGUGCGUUCCCCCAGACAUUCACCACCCAGAGACCUUUGCACAUCAAUAAGUCUGGCAACAACCAGGGAGAUACCGAGUCUCCAUCUCAUGAGAAGCUGGUGGACUCCACCUUCACUCCCAGCAGCUACUCAUCUUCAGGCUCCAAUGCCAACAUCAACAAUGCCAACAACACUGCCCUGUGCCGGUUCCCCAGCCCACCCAGCUACCCCAGCACUGUCAGCACAGUAGAAGGCCAUGGGACCCCCUUGUCACCCACCAUAUGUGUGCAGGAGGCUCCUUGGAAACUACCUUCCAAAAGGACCCAUUACUACGAAACACUGGGACGCUCCAGUUCCAGAGACAGCCAGCUGGCAAUUGUUUGCCAAGAGGAAGUGUCUCAGGAUGAGGCUUACGAUGAAAAUUUGAAUGAAGACAUUGAGUACUGUAGUGAACCAAGUCUGCUCUCUACCGAAAUGCUUGCAUACCAAGAUGAUGAAAACAGACAACUUACUCCACCAGAAAACAACAAAGGAGAGGACACUCGGCACUCUCCGAAGAAAGGGUUUCUGUGCUCUUCAGCGCUAGGUCGAAGAGCAUCUUUUCACUUAGAGUGUCUGAAAAGACAGAAAAACCAGGGCGUAGAUGUCUCGCAGAAGACAGUUCUGCCUUUGCAUCUGGUACAUCAUCAGGCAUUAGCAGUGGCCGGCCUGAGUCCCCUACUCCAGCGAAGCCAUUCCCCCACCAUGUUCUCUCGGCUGUGUGCUACACCCCCUGCUACACCCUGCAGCCGUGGCUGGCCGCAACAGACCAUCCCGACUCUGCGCCUCGACAGGGCAGAGUCCAGCGAGAAGCUCAACAGCAGCUUCCCGUCAGUACACUGCAGCUCUCGGUACCCUGACAACACCGGCUGCAGCAGCCCCAGGAGAGCCAGGCCAGUCUCCCUCACCGUCCCCAGCCAGACUGGAGGGAGCAGCAGGCAGUUUCACGGCAGCGCUGGGAGCCUGGUCGAAGCGGUCUUGAUUUCGGAAGGACUGAUGCAGUUUGCUCAAGAUCCAAAGUUCAUUGAGGUCACAACCCAGGAGCUUGCAGACGCCUGUGACAUGACGAUAGAAGAGAUGGAAAAUGCAGCAGACAACAUUCUCAAUGGUAACAGCAAGCAGAGCCCCAAUGGCAACCUCUUGCCUUUUGUUAACUGCAGGGACCCAGGGCAGGACAGUGCAGGAGAGGAAGAGGAAGAGGUGCAGAACCCGGAUUGUAGAAUAAGUCAGGAGGAGCUCAAGGACAGCAGGAUUUAUAUCAGCAGCCUGUAGUUGCCAGGGCUGGAAGCGAUGCUGGUUUUUUAUUUGUUUCAAUGUUCCUAAUGGGUUUGUUUCAGAAGUGCCUCACUGUUCUCGUGACCUGGAGUAACCGGAACAGCGUUCUUCAUUCAUUUCUGUUGGGACGAGUCGCAGAGUUGGGUGGUGUAAGAAAGCUUUUCAGGAGUGGAUAUAACCCCAGCACGUGUCCAUGAAGGAAGAGUGAGGAGGAUGAGGAGCAGGAGGAGGAAGAGGAAGAGGAGGAGAGCCAGCUCCCUCUUUUUUUCAGUCCCUGCACAAGGAACGAGGACUGCCUCCCAAGCGCGAAGGGGAACCUCAGCUUCCUGUGGAUGGCCCUAGCCAAAAGGACCCUGCGUCAAACGGGUGUCUUUCAACUUUGCUUGUAAAAAUCAUUUUGCACAUAUUCUGUAUGAGCCUCACCGUCUCCAUAAAGCCAAGGCCCUUUGAUUCGGAAGGAGAGGAGGACUUCUGCUGUGGAUUCCCGUACCGCGCAGGGGAGGAGGAAGCAGAAGAAGCCCGUGGGCGCCCAAGGGGCGGGUGGCAGCGCUGCCCAACCCUGCCAAGACUCCCAGGCAGCGGUCUCUGCCAACCAAUCCACACUCAGGCAGCCACUCCUGCCAACCAAUCGGAGCUCGAGCAGUCACUUGCCAGCCAAUCUGAGCUCAGGCAGCCUCCUGCCGACCAAUCAGAGCUCAGACAGACAGCCGUGCCAGCCAGUAGGAGAGCGGGGAGCAGGCUCUGCGGCGGGGCUAGGCCAGCCUGCCCCGCACUUGCUGAGGUGGUGGUGGGCUUGUGUAGAUCUCUCCUUGUUUUGCAGUUUGGUAUUUUCUUGAAAGCAUGUUGCAGUUUUUAUUUUGACUGUUUUAUUAUUAUUUUUUUGGAGGGAGAAGGGAGUGUUUACAACGUUUUGUAAUCACCUACCUUUUUGUUUUGGUUUAUUUUCACCUUUGCAAAUGUUAAAUUGGUUUGAUCAUGUUGUAUUAUUUAAACUGGGUUUUUUUCUCCAUUGAAAUUUGGUAGAAGUAUAAUGAUAGACGAGUUUUACCAUUAUGUACACCAAGAAUUUGUAAUUUUAUUUCCUAGUAAUUGAAACCUCCUUUUUUUGUUGUUGUUUUAUAAUUUAAAGAUAGUAGGCAAUGCACUCGAUAUAGUCUUGCACAUUUGAGUGAUUGAUUUGGGUUCUUUUUAGUGCUAAGUGUAUCUGUGAGUGUGGGAGCAAUACCGAGCGAGUGUGCGUGCACGCGCGUGUGAGUGUAAGUGCAUGCAGUUCUCCACAUCCUGGUUUGAGCUGCAGGAGAUCUGUAUCUGGGGCCAUUUGAAUGCAAAAACAAACCACUGUCUCUGCUUUUGAAAGGGGAAUCAGUAACUUUGCAUUUUCUGUUCCACAAGAUAUGCAAAAACAAUGCAAUAAUAUUAAUUUAAAAAUACAAUUGUAAGUUGUGUUGGCAUUAAAACUGUAUAGAAAAAAAUUGCGGGGGUGGGGGGAAACAACAACAACAAAAAAAAAACCAGAAGGAGUUACGCUUCGAUAUAUUCCGUGUGAUGUUUUAUUGCAUUGAUAAUGUUUCUGUUGAAGAAACCGUUAUACUUGAAUUCAGGUCAGUUUCAGUAUUUUUCAAAUAUUUUUUUAAAAUGAAUUGCAAUUGUGCCAAGCAAAGAUAAUGAAUUGAAUUAAGUUUGUUUAAAAAAAAAAAGAAAAAAAAUAAUCACUUCUUGUAUAUUUGCUGCAUGUCAAGUGAAUCAUUUCGUAUUUGGAAUGUGCCAAGCUUUACCUUUGAACUUUUAAGUGCUUUUCUACGUGUGGUUGGGGAAAGGGGUACUAUUUUUUUUUCCUUUUUUAAUUUGUACAAUGAACAAAAGUGUACCUGGUGUAAGUAACUAUUCUGCAAUCCACUGACAGGUUGAACGUUACUGAUUUUGCAUAUCUUGUGUUCAUUUUCCUUCUUCCUCGCUCCCUUUAAACAUGCACGAUGACUUUAUUGGUAGAGAAUCUUUCUUCCUGAGACCGGGACAUUUUAUUCAGACUCUGUUCUCUUUCCUUUUGCUCAGCCUCUCUAAAGGUCUUGUCCCACUUGUAGCAAGACCCCCCAAUCCCAUUUGGCAGAUCCAUCCUAUGUGUUCAGUUGGCACCAGCAAUUCAAGGAGCGGGGAAAAAAGUCUGCUUUCAGAUUUCUUUUACUAAAUAGCUAACCCUGAUCGAUUAUAGCAGGAUCCUGGGAUAAGCAAAUGCAAGAGUCUAAAUCACUGGCAAAGUUAUUUGACUCUCGUCUGGACUGAAAGCAGAAGGUAAGUGAAGGAGAGAGCUCUGGAACGUUGCUUAGGAGAAUUGCUGCAGUCUGGUCAAGAUGCAGAUGUUAAGUGACAUUUUUGCAUUCCUAUGCACAGUCUCAUCCCCCUUUAGUGGAUGGGUCAGAUUCUAAGUCACAAAACAUCUGACAACACAUUGUGUCCUAGCCUCUCUUGACUUUCCUCACACCAAUACUUGGCCCUAACCCAUGAGAGGCUGAAAAAUUGUUAGGUUGUGUGCAGCUGAUUUUUGUUUAGACUGCUGCUCAUUUUUCUCCCUUCUCAAGAUGGUUCACAAACUUGCAGAUCAGUGCUGAGCUAGAAGGUGUGAUCUGACUCAGAGCUAAACUUUCAUUCAAAUCUUGAGCUGCUGCAGAUGUCUGAGAACAUUACUUAUUGCAUAUGUUGAUUACAUUAUUUUCGUAAUGCCUUUGGCUUUCUUCUUGAUUCUCUCGGUCACAAAGCAAAAAUAGCAAAGGGUAUUUUUGGCAGUGCACUUUUUCAGUGUCAUUUUCAACUGGCCAGUAGCAGCUCAAGAUACAUUGACAAAACCCAAAUGCUUUUAAACUAGAGAAAUAAGAAUCCAUUUAUACAACCAUCUGGCAUCGAAGUUCCAAUUCAAGACUUCCCAGGAGAAACUAAACAGCUGAUGUCAGUCAGCCUCAUCCUUUCCAUCCUUCGUCCCUGUAUCGAGGUGGGCACACAGGCGUGUUUCCCUUUGAGAGUUUGCUGCUGCUAGUGCUGAUGUGCUCCAAAGCUACUUGAAAAGAAAUAAUGCUGUGCCUGACUGCUUCGGAAAAUGAAAUCAGUGUAAGGGCUCCCUAUCUCAUUUUCUUCUGCUAGAAAGUCCAUUUGCACCAGGGGCAGUUUAGUUUGGUUAUUAGGAAAAAAUUAUUCACCAAAAGGGUUGUCAAGCACUGGAACAGGCUGCCCAGGGAAGUGGUUGAGUCACCAUUCCUGAAGGUAUUUAAAAGAUGUGUAGAUGUGGUGCUUAGGGACACAGCAUAGUGGUAGACUUGGCAGUCCUGGGUUAAUGGCUGGACUUGAUGUUCUUAAAGGUCUUUUCCAACCUACACAACUCUAUGACUCUGUGGCCCUCCCAGUGAGAGACAGAGGUGUUCUCUGCUCCCGAGAAACAACAUACUGAUCUAAAUUAGUGGUGGCAAUGGGCAUUUUGGAUGCUUAACAGCCCUUAUCAUCUUUUAGGAUUUUUCUUGAUGGGAAGGAAAAUUAUGCCCCACACAUUCCCGGCAAAAGCUGUGACUCCCUCACAGGUCAGAGCCUACAGUGGCCAGGGGAAACCACACUCUCUGCUGGAAGACCCCUUAGGUCCUGCAGAGUGGCAAACAUGUGGCUAGCAGAGAAUGCAGAUGACUUGCAGUUUGAAGGACAGGUGUUAAAUUUCAUAAUUGCUGGUGCCAGCUGUGCAAAUUUCUCUUCCUGGGGAGGGUGGCAAAUUUUUCUUUUUCAUUUGAGGUACUUCCACUGUGCACAUUGUGACAGGUCUGAGCAUAGAGCUACUGCCUCCUUCAGGUUAGGUAGUGUCUGGGGGUUGGUAGGAAGGCAGGGGCAGGUUUAGUUCCUGGAUUGUCCUUCUUUCCCUGUGUAUGGGAGUGGAUGGUGGGUACAAUCACUGUGCUGUGGAUGGAAGCUUUGAAGGAACCAAUGGCUGAGGAAUGGCAUGGAAGGAAUGGAAAGAAUGGGGGAAAUGAUCUGCUGUUUGCCACUGAGCAUCUCUGACUUGCAAGAGUACGCUGCAGACUAAAGACAUUUCUUAUAAAACAACAAACCUCCUCCCUGUAUCACUCCUGCUCAUUAUUCCAGGCAGUACUGGGCCAGCCACACCGGGUGCAUUUCUUUUUUUCUUCCUUAUUUCUGUGUGGCUGAUGUGACAGGGAAGAAAGUGGAACUCACAAUCCAGAGCUGGAGUUUCGUUAUCCACAGACCUUUACUGCAUCAUCUGCCUCUUCAGCUGGACAUGUGAACGAUGAUGGUGUAGAUGUUGCUGCUACUGCAGGGUUCCCGCCUGUUUUAUUACCCUGCCCACCACACCCCAGCGUGGAGGAACAGCCAGAGAGGCGCCAUGUACAGAAUCGCAUCUAUUUCUGCUUUGUUUUCUGACUCAGAACCCUGCCCCUGAUGACUACGACAAUGAUGACAACAACAACAAAAAAAGGGCAAAUGCAUUUUUUACAUUUCUUGAUAAUUUCCAAAGCAAUGUAUCAUUGCUUUCUUUAGACUGACGCCAAUAUAAGUUGUAUGGGUCUCAGCCAGGCUCCUGUGUCUUUUCUGCCUGAUAGUUUCAGAUUGCUGUAUGAAAUGUAUGCGCGUUUGCACACAGACACAAUCGUACGAGGUGACAGCACUGCAAGCCCAUGGGGUUGUUCACCUGUGUCAUAGAUGAAGUUGGAGGCCUUGCUUCAUACGUGUAGAUAAGAAACCCCAACCCAUUGGUCCAGUGAGCUGAAGUGAAGCAGCCCUACUGAGACAGAACUGAGUAUCCUAAGAUAUAUGCACGGUCCCGUUGUGAUGGUCCCCAUGGCAGGGGCAGGGUUGGGGAGAGGAACACUGAAUGGGGAAUUUGGAGCGCAAUAAAGUUGGUAAAAUAAGUCGAAUCUAGUCAGGGGCUUCUAGUACCAGUGAGAUUUUAUCUGUUCCCAUAAUGAAAACUGUAGUGCAUAUAAUAUUCCAGGCCCCAGUUCCCAUCUUGCUAACAUGAGGCUGGAGGACACUAGAGGCCAAUGAGGUUGUAUUGAUGCAAAGAAUGUGGAAAACAGAACUGGGUCCAGAAAAAUGUGAUUAUAUCUUCCCUUCAAUUGUUUUCUUCUCCAAAGAAGUCCAAGAAAUAUAAAUGUCAACGGCUGCACAGGUUUGGGGUUUUUUUUAUUUCUUUUGGAUGCUGCAAAAUUUUUGAAGUCUGAUUCUGGGUUAGCAAGCCCAGGGAUCCAGAAGGCUUCCAAUGGGAUCUCAGUCCAUGGAGCUUUGCUCUCUGUUGCUGCUUUGUUUCUGGACAGCUGAAACCACUACGGCCUUGCUUCUACAGUACUCCGAGAUAGAGCGGGCAAGGGCAGAAGCACAGCUGAGAGAUAUGUCCUAUACCGAAGACAGUCUGGGCUCCAAUUGCUUUAAGAAAAGUCAGUAGCAUCACACUGGAAUGGGAAAAAAACCUCUUCUGACAUGAACUUUAGUGUUCUGGUUAAAUCCUCCAUUCUUCCCCCGCCCCUUACAGAGGACUCAACGCAACUGUUAACACUUGAGCAUAAAAAGCAGGCCUUCUUUAGGGACACAGGGCUUGACUCAGUUGCCUAAAUGUGGGCAUCUACUGGCUCUUGAGAUACACUACAGUACUCUGCCCAGCCUGCAUCAGCUGGUCCAGAAAGGCACAACUCUUCCCCAGAGCUAGUGUCACAGCUACCAGCCCCACAUGCAUGGCAGAGAUCUCAGGUGGCAGGAGACCAUUAGGCAACUUAAUCAAGUCCCUUUCUAAAGGGCUAAUUGAGAGGAGCAGCACCAAUGACUGAUGUAAUAAGGGAGUCUUCAUUAGCAUUACCAAGGGCUUAGUUAGGCACGAUCUGGAGCUUGCCUCCACACUCCCAUGCUGUUGUUUUUCUACCCCACACCAGGCAGACAGCCUCCACUCCUACCUACAGCCUGAAGUCCAUGGCACUCUGCCCAGCCCUUACACUAGGCCAGGGUUAGCGGCUGCAUCCCAGGCCCAGCAGAGCGGGAGCAAGCCCAGGCGAGAGCUGGCAUCACUCUGCUCGCCCGACAACAGAUUUUUCUGCCAGCAUUUGAAGAGCCCUUUUCCAAAGCAUUUUCCUAUUCAAGACAGAUCCGCAAACUCAGACACCAUUCAUGAGCCUCAUCAUUUGGACAAUGAAAUACCCAAGUUUUUCUGUUGCGUUUUGCAUUUUGCCCAGCCAGGCAAAAUGCAUGCUCUUUCCCAAACAGGCUGCAAUGCUUUUAAUAUUUCAAGCAUCCUAAGCCAGUCUGCUCCCAUUUCAAGCACCUAGGUAGACUGGCAGCCAAUACUAUCUAAACAUCAUCAACUUUAUGAUUGCUCAUAGAAGUGAUUGUUUCAGGCUUAUUCAGUCUUGACAGUUUAAAUGUGGGAAGAUUUCAGAGGAGGAGAGAGAUUGUAAAUAUCUCUUUGACAAACAUUGCUGCAUCACACACAAAAAAAAGGGGGAGAUACUUUUUAAAACUGCCUUAAAAAACAAUUCUGAAUGAUGAAACCUCCCUCCAAACCAUUGCCGCUUGGUAGAGCAAGGGUUAAGUCGCUUUGGGUGAAUUCUAGCAAGAAGUGGUUGGAAUCUAGUCUGGUUUCAGGACUGAAAGUGUAAUUUAGGAGCCAAUCUCUCCCUCAGUCUGAAUUCACGUCAGCACCAAAGACUGAGCACUGCAGGAUCAAAUCUGUUUAAGGUCUGGGGGAUACUGUAUCUGGCCUGCAUCUGCAAGGUUUAGGUCUGGCCCAGCAAAGUACUGCAUACCUGUGUUUCCCAGUGACUUCAGGGAAGAUGGGGUUCCUCAGCACCUCUUAAGUUCAGGCCCUGGAGCACCAUUUCCUGCUCUGAUCAUCAGCUAUAAAUGUUGAUAAAUAUAAGUGUUUUGCCUUCAUUUGAAUUGCCCAGAGCUGUAAAAUGACCUCUCUCAAGUAUAAAUCAGUCCAGAUAUAAGCCUCCUCUCCCACUCUUCCCUACGCUCUCUUCCCACCCUCCCAGCCUUACCUUGCACCUCAACCCAAGCCCUUUCCCAUCUCAAUUCUUUACCUCCUUCCACAAUUUUAUAUCUAGUUUUCAUGAACCCACAGAAAUGCUUUUGUAAAUAAUGCUGUACAGUUUGUAACCGUCAUGUAAGCCUGUCAUCAGUGCCAGAGUCCGUCUUGCCCUCUCGCACGUUUUAAAAUCAACAGAGGAAAGUUAGAGCAAAUGGCCCACCAGUGAGCUAUAGGGUCAUCUCUGUGUGGGACAAAUGUAUAUUCCUGUAAGAUUGCAUUUUUAUCUAAGGAAUGAUGUUAUUUUAAAAUUGCUAAUAAAUUUCUAA